ACGGCCGUGUUGACAAUAUUACAUAAUACGUCAUUAAUCUUAAAGGUAUUACAUUAUUGCCCUUAUUAAAGAUUAAGGAGUAUGCAGUGUCCUGACAGUUUUACAGAAUUCAAUUGACAAUAUUACAUCAUGUAUGUGACAUGUCAUAUCAAAAAUAUUACGAUUAGGUGUGGUUAUACUGAACAGAUUAAACAUUUGGAUGCAUUAAGUAAAAGGUCGUUUAUUUCCUUUUUACUUCCGUUUCCUGGUAAUUCAUAUUUAAAUGCUUAGGAAGAGCUAAUAAUUACAGUUCACUUUCAACCUGCUCAGUGUUUGUAUCACACUUUGGUGAAAUAAUGAACUCUAGUAACCGAUGUAAAUUGCAUGUGUUUUGCGAUGUUUAUGUGACUAUAAGUGACUACAAAAAUAUCACAUACGUACAUAUGAGGUACUACGACGGAAAAUACCCCACGAAAAAGGGUGUUGCUAUGCCACUAUUACGUUGGAAAACAUUGGUGCAACUGAUACCGAAAAUACAGGAAAAUCGCAAUGCCGAUCAAUCUGCUUUUGAACAUUUAGGAGGUAAUUGUUAUAUUAGCAUUACGGAUGAUAUACCUGGUAUCGACAUAAGAGACUUCUGGAUGCCCGAGGGAGAAUUGAAAAUUAAAGCAACAAAACGGGGAGUGCAUUUUAGUCAAGAGGAUUUUGAUAAACUUGUUGAUCUGAUCCCACGCAUUAACGGUUAUAUACCCGAGUUUGAUGAAAUCAAAUUGUAUGUCGAGAAUGACGACCAUCAAAACCAGCAGGGAGCCCUACGAUGUAAAGAAUGUAAUCCGAACGAAUAUCACAUGUGGUGAAUACACAGAGACACUUUAUAUUAACAUAUCAUAAGAACUUUGUAAUAUAAGUGAUUAUAUUUUGUUUUAUUGUUAAACGAUAAAUGUAAAAAAUGAAAUAAAUAUACGAAAUGUC